GCGCCUCCCCCCCGGCUGGCUUUGGCCCGCUCUGCUCCGCAGCUUUCGGGCAGCCUGUGCCCCCUGGGCUGCCCGGCUCCCCCCUCCGGAGCCGGGUGAUGACAGCCCGGCCAUCGGAAAGCGAACGGUGCUGGUUCCCCUGUUGGAGCGCUGAGGGAGGAGGGGACAGUGUUUUCCAGUACUGCUUUGGUAGCUGACUGUGUUUAUCUUACUGCUUUAAAAAUAGAUCACGUUGGGAGGAAUCGCAUGGUGUUUGUUUACUGCAUCUCUAGGACGUGGUGAUGUUUGCAUUUGAUACGGUGUGUCUUAUGAACCCAAAAGACCGGAGCUGCUUGAAGAUUAUGUAAAAAUAAAGGCACAGAUACCCUUUAAAAAGAGUAAUAAUGGGACCAGGCAUUCAAGAAUAUCCCUUACUGCUGCACAGAGAGACACAGAAAAAGGAAAGCCAAAUCCAUGAAAACCACAAAGGAACGGUAAAUUACAGUAAUGGAAAAAGCCAUCCAAGCACCAAAGGACUAAAUAAACCAGUUUCUCAUGUGAAAUCUUCUCCUGGAAGAUCAGGCACAAAUGUAUCGAGCGCCACUGAAAAGAUUUCCCAUGAGACUCAAGAUGGUAGCCAACCAAGUAUUUUUAAGAAGGGAAGAAACCAACUGGAUGACAAUACUCAAUCAAAAAGGCUCACGAGUGUUUGCACAUCGCUGCACAGAGUACAAGGACCAAAGAUGAGUCUCCCAGAAAGAAGGCAAAAUGAAUCUUCUCUGCAGAGAGUCCCUCCUAGCAUAAAGGGCAGCACACAAGGUAGCUUCUGUAGGGUUAAAGAUGUCCCGGUGCAACAUUGUUAUGGCAGUAAAAUAGAACAGUUGGAGAAGAAUCAUGAAGAACAUGUUGCUGGAGCUGGUCCAUGCUCUUCUAAAUGGCAAGAAGCAUCUGUAGAUGAAAUGUUUCUUGAUUUUGAAUCAGUACAAAUUAUUAAAGAAGAUGCUGAAGAUGAUAGUGCCAGUGAUCUCUCUGAUUCAGAAAGGAUUCCCAUUCCCCCAUCUCCGUGCACACCACCAGAACUCAUUCUCAGAGCUGAAGAAAUUGAUCCAUUGUGUUUGGAACAUGUCCCUCAUACGGGUUUUAAAGAAUCAGAAUAUUACUACCCAGACUUCCUCCCACCCCCUUUCAACUCAUGGGACUUGAAGCAACUGGCCAUCUUUGUAAAUGUAGAGGGUAAAACUGAAUUUCGACCAAAGCCAACAGGAUUUCUUGAGAAAUACAUUGAUCGCCUUUUGCAGCUGGAAUGGCUGCAAAUGCAGACUGUACAGAAUGAGAAAGGAAAGGCAGCCAAAGCCAGACCUCAGACUGCUCCCGGCUCCAUCCGUACCCUAAAGAGUCCUGGCAAAGGCAAAGCAUUGCUCAGCCCUUUGCCUCAAAAGCAAGUGGUUCCCCAAGAAAGUGUUACAAAGCUGCCCAGAAGCUAUUCAGGUCACAGGGGAGAUUCAUACUGUGAAGAAAGUCGCCAGUUAUAUUCUCAUCCAGGUCACUUGAAACUGUCUGAGAGAAUGGGAUGUGCACAGUCUUCUCAGAGACAAUCUGGUGAAGUAAGGAGUGAACUGAAAAAAAACCCAACUGCUAAGCAGCAGCUCCUCAAUAUGCAGCCCUCUGAGAACAGUUCUAAAAUUCAAAGUGUUGGUAACGUCAGACCCCCUAAGCAAAGCCCGGUAUGCCAUGGUUCAGCUGCUCCCAUCAAAGGCUUAAAAACAUAUGCAUGUACAAAUCCAAAGAAAAAUGGCAAUGCUAACAACUAUGUUCCUUCUAAAAAACCAGCAGGCGACAGGAAAAUAAAAACAAAUGGCGCAAAGCAAACGUCGCGCAAAUUUAAAUGAAGAAAAAUUCAUUAGUAAAUGUUGAUGCUUCUUGACUGCCAGAAAGCAUUUGGCCCAUGCAGAAGGGUCAUGUUUUCUUCAUAGGAAAAUUCUGAGAACAUAUGUUCUUGAUGCAUGGCACUCUUCAUUUCAAUACAUUUGCUCUUAAGCCAGCAAGGCCAGCAGGAAACCUUUUCCCUGAAGGCAAGUGUCUUCCAUCAGUGUUUCCUCAAAAAUAUUUACAGUUCCUCAGUUGUUCAGUAGCAGAGUAUGAAGGUUUAGAGAGAUAUAUAAUUAUAUAUAUAUAAUUAUAAUGUGUCUUUCUAUGUGCACCAGUUGAAGUCCACUGAAGUCUGUGGUGUUUCUUACGCUUGCCGGGGUGUAUUUGAGAGAACAGGAUCCAUGCUCUUUUUUCUCAAACAGAAGUGCUGUUUUGUGAGUCAGGUUUGAUGGUGGCAUUUGCUGAUGGAAAAGGGCUCAACUGUUUUUAUAAAAUAAUGGAGCACGCUUAUCUAUGCAAAGUCAAACUAAUUCUUCAUAGAUGAUGAAUUAGGUAUGUUUUUUAUAAGAAUGGAGAUAAUGUUUUGAAAUAUUUUAAUGCAGAAGGGAUUCUUUUUAAGAGAAAAAAUUAUUAGGGAGCAGACAGCUUCAAUAGUGACAGAUUAAGCAAAUGGAAUGCAUAUUUUUAUACCCAGAAAUCUUCACUGUGUUUACAGACAGCUUUCCUUGAAGUUCAUUUUGUAAGCCUUGAUGCUUUUUGUCUUUUAGAGGAAAUGACCAAAUUUCAAAUUGCACAUGGAUAUAUAUGACUAAUGCAAAAUGAGGGUAUUACUAGAGACUCUGUGGCCUAACCUGCAGAACUGGUAGUCUCUCAGAGCAUAAAAAAUAGACUCUUAGGGCAUGAACUUGAAGGCUAUUGUAAGUUCAAGUAAAGAUAUAUUUUGAUACAAAAGAUACCUAUUUUCAGUCACCCGAGAUGACUAUUAUUUAUCCCACGGUCCAGUCUACUUCAGUUAGCUUGGCUUCCUGUUUCAGGGUUUAGUGAAGUGAUAUGGGGAAAUACCCUACAGAAGGAAAUUGUACAGCCAGAAUAGGGUCCUGUCCUCAGACCUUCCAUUUUCUCAUGUGUCUGUGAGAUACAAGGGAAUAGGAAGGAUAGUUCGGUGAGUAUUCAAGAGUCCAUUCAUCUGUUACACUUUCAAAUCAAUCACAGCAGCUGGGGACACAGUCUCGUUAAAGAUGGAGUUCUAGAGAAUGUUUUGUACUUUCAGUUUAAAAUGAAAUACGGAGCAGCAUUCUCUUCUUCCUCAGCCACCAGGCAGAGCGAACUGUUGAUGAGAAGUGAGCUGAGGUCUGAUGGACCAGAUUGUACAAGUGGGUCCUUCACAUUGUGACAGAAAAUGAAAAAGUAGCAAAUACUGAAGAGUACAUUAUGUAUAUAGUUAAAUUGCACUUCUCUUGUUGAUCUCAUCUUGGUUUUAAGAUGCUUAGCUGUUUCUAUUCUUGCAUUGUGCCUACCAGAUCUUCAGCUUUGUAAAAUUUCAAAGCAUGGAUUUAUAUGUAGUUUAAAAUGUGAGAAUAUUAAUAAAUGUAGUAAUAAACUAGGGUACUUUACAGUACGUAAAACAUUGCUCAGGAAUAGUCUAAGAAAUAUUUUAAUGUUUUUUUUUCCUAGUCUACUGGAGACCAAAUGUGAAAUUUUAAAUUGAUAAAGGAAUCAAAUAUAAUAUACAGUAUUAUAUUUCCAUAUUCAGUAUUUGUGAAGUUACAGUUAAAGUGAUUUGUAGUUGCAUGUACGCUCAGCUCUAUGCAAUUCAAGUGAAACUUAAUCUGACAUGCUCAAAGAUCAAAUAAAUUGGCUGUGCCAGAGGUGUGGGGAAACAUAGAGGGUGGCAUUCAACACCAGCAACUGCAGAGGACCAGCACAUUCUUUUGUUGUUAUUUCAUCCAUUUGUUUUGUCCCAGGCUCAUGUAUUUCAGCUCUUUUUAGACGGAAGGUUCUUGCAUCCACUGCUAGAAUUUCAAGCUUUGGCCAAAUUCUACAUGCCUUGAUUAAUCAACUUUUCCUGAUUCACGUUAACAGUAGAGAGAGGUAGUAGGACAGCUCUUGCCAAUAAGCACUACUUUAGUGCACGGUUUUAGGACACUGUUUUGGUGCAGUACUUUAAGCACCAAAAGCAAGGUGGGCAGGAUUAAGUCAAUAAUCAGAAUAGCAGGUUUUUUUAACAAAAUCUGUUAGAUGCAGUAAUUAAUUUAGCAUGUUAUUAUAGCACUGAAUAUUAAUGUAUGCUAAUUUUUCUUCUGAAAUAUUACUCUAUAUCGAUGCUUUCCUAGGUUAUAAGGAGGGCAUGUAGAUACAGGCACAUUUUGCACAAUCACUUCUUGAAGAAGAAAUCAAUAGUGUUUCAGUCAGCUUUGACCAGAGCAAAGAUGAUUGCCACUGAGAAAAGUUUUUUCUCACAGACCUGGGAAAGUCUUGUUUGAAUGUAGUGCUUGUGAGCUGAUGCACAUCAGUCUGUUGUGGGAGACUAAGAAGCUGAGCGGGUGGAGAUGGUGACGCCACUUAAAAUUAGUCCGAGUACUUGUUUGCCAGUAAGUUCUGGCUGUGAUCUGGCCGCGUAAGUUUGUCUCUGGAUAUAAUCACACAAGUUUAAUCUUUUUUCAUUGAUUUGAUACUUUUUACACAGUCUUCUUUGUUCACAUACAGAAAUAGAAAUUCUGUGUUUGCCUCAACAAACAGCUCUUAGCGUGAGCAGACCUGCAAGGGGUGGGUUUUAUCCUGCAGCACUUUUGCCUCCGUUUUAACUUGACUGUGUUCUGGGCUGUAGGUAGAGAGCUCCUUCUAUGAAGAGGACUAUGGUUUAUGUUUCCUUUAUUUUGUAUUGAUGGGUACUGUAUUUAGAAGCACUCCUAAAUAUAGCAGAAAAGUUUAUUCCAAAAGUGUAUUCCAAAUACGCUCAGUUUGGAACCAAAAUACUUCCACAGCACAGUGUUUCUGUGGCUGUUUAUGUUUUUUUUUCCACUAUGUUUAGCAAUAUAAUCAUCUGUGUGUCUAAGCCUAGCAUUGAUGAUGUUUCUUGAAGAAAAACUUUACUGUGAUGUGAGAUAUUUAAAGAGUGAUUUUUUUUUCUAGAUAAAGAUGUAAUGUUCUGCAGUACUACCUACAGAACAAAUACACUCAGGUUGUAUUUUAAAUAAAUAGCCAGAUUCUACUUCAGUUAUAUUAGUAUAACCUUUGAACAACUCUGUUAUUUUCAGUGAAAUUACCCUGUUACAAAGAUGUGAAGAAACAGAAUAUUACUCCAAUAUGUAUAAACUGUGUUCCUUAAUAAUGCUAAACUGUAUUUUUAAUGCAUAACAUGAAGAAUUUUAAGACAGUAUUAUUUUUCUCUUGACAUGUUUCUUUUUUUUGUCCAUUACUUGCCUCUCUGCAGUGAAAUACUGCAGUCAGUUACAGUUUUACCUCCCCUGCGCCCCUCACACCUUGUGGUAGCUUUCAGUUGUACGCAGCAGUUCUGGAGGUUCUGCACAAUGCCUGCAGACCCUCGUUCUGUCAGCAGUACAGGUAUCAAGCUACUGCAGAUACACAGAAUUGAUGCUCCAAAGAAGGGUUUUUGUUGUGCGAGCAAUGUAUACCAUGCUGGGAGGAGGGGCUUCACAUCUUCCUCAAGUGGAAGAGCCUUGCAAGGAAUAGCCAUGUGCUAUCAGAGCAGUCCCUUCUGCUGGUUCAGUAUCCUAAAUCACGGGGUGGCCACAUGUAAAGGCUGAUAAGGUGGACUGUAUUUUUCUUUCCAAAAGAGAGAUUACAUUUGCUGGUAUGAAUCUGGGGUCAAGGGGUGAUGGUGCUUCUCACAGAAGCAAAAAGCCUCAGCAGCAUUUGUUCUGAAAAAGCUGAGUUUAGAGCAGACGGGUUGCCAGAAGUCGGGAGCUCUUGUCUCCCACCGCUGCCCCUCUCCCAGGAUGCUGUGACUGGAGCUCCCAGCCCUACUGCCUGUGCGCUGCCAGUGCCCCGCUGCUUUUUGCUGCUGACCCGUGCCAAGACGGUGGCAGAAGGGUAUAAUGCUGUAGGGGAUGGUUAUGCUUAUUUCAUUGGACUGAACCGCCUUGUUUGUCUCCAGACUGCUUAAUUAUGCUGUAAUCCCAUUAUUGCUUGUGUCAUUUCUGUGUUUCAUUUAUUGUUGUUUGAUGUAACUUUUAUCUUGUAUUUGCUAUUUAAAGGAUUUUGUUAGAAGUUUGGAAUAUUUUGACAGUUUUUUGAGUCAGUAUGUGGUACCUUUCUGAUAUUAUAGUUGAAAUAUCUACAGUAUGAAAUUGCCUAUAAUGUGCUAGGUUUUGCCUUAUUUUAAAGGUAUUGAGCCUUUGUUGCUUCUGUUGGCAUUAGUUGGUUUUCUUCUGUAAAACAAUUAAGCAGACCACUCUGUCUGGAAAGACUAGAACUCGAUUAACUGAGAAUUUGCAGCCCAGCUUUUGAUGUUGGUAAUCAUGUGUUCUUAUUUAUUUGAACUUUUUGUUGCGGAUAUUUUUGCUAGUAAUUUCAUUGGAAAGUGAUCUUGUAAUUAAAAGUUACUGUAUAUUUACUAUAUUAAAAGUGAAAUACUGCCUGUU